AGGUUGGAGCCAACAUGGCAGAAGCUCACCAGGCGGUGGCCUUUCAGUUUACUGUCACUCCCGAUGGCAUUGAUUUGCAACUGUGUCACGAGGCUUUACGACAGGUCUACCUUUCUGGCCUGCACUCCUGGAAGAAGAGGUUUACUAGAUUUAAGAAUGGUGUAAUGACCGGAGUGUACCCUGGAAGUCCUUCUGGACUUCUAGUUGUUGUUGGAGGAUAUAUGACCUAUACAAAGUACGCCAAGAUAGACCCUUCAUUAGGACUCAUCACAAAACUGACAACUCACAUACCAGUAAGUAAAUACAUAACAGAGGACACCCAGCGCAUUGUUGGUGGAUUGCUGAUUGGAACAGGGGCAUGGGUCACCAUCAUCUUUGUUAUGAGGAGCGUUUUAAAAUCUCUGCUUUCCUGGCAUGGCUGGAUGCAUAAUCGGCAUGGACACACAUCCUUAAGUACCAAGAUAUGGCUGGUGCUGGUGAAGUUGUUCUCUGGCCCUAAGCCAUUGCUGUACAGCUUCCAGAGCUCACUGCCACACUUACCCGUGCCCACAGUGAAGGACACCAUAAAACGAUACCUUGAAUCAGUGCAUUCUCUUAUGGAUGAAGAACAGUUUAAACGUAUGGAAGGCCUGGCAAGGGACUUUGAGAAGAACUUGGGCCCAAAACUCCAGUGGUACUUGAAGCUUAAGGCCUGGUGGGCCUCUAAUUAUGUCAGUGACUGGUGGGAAGAGUACGUUUACCUCCGUGGACGUGGACCCCUCAUGGUUAACAGCAACUACUAUGCAAUGGACUUUCUGUAUGUUUUUCCUACUCAUCUGCAAGCUGCCAGGGCAGGCAAUGCCAUCCAUGCCUUCAUGAUGUACAGGAGGAUGCUGGAUCGAGCCCAGAUCAAACCUGUUUACUUGCUGGAGAACAGAGUGCCGUUGUGUUCGGCACAAUGGGAGCGGAUGUUUAACACGUCCCGCAUCCCAGGCAUGGAGACAGACGUCAUUCAGCACGUGAAUGAGAGCAAGCACAUUGUGGUCUUCCACAAGGGACGCUUUUACAAAGUGUGGAUGUUUUAUGAUGGCCGUUUGCUGUUGCCCAGAGAGAUCGAGCAGCAGAUGGAACGCAUUCUGGCAGAUAAGUCUGAGCCUCAUCCUGGAGAAGAAAAGUUGGCUGCACUCACGGCAGGAGACAGAGUGCCUUGGGCGAAGGCUCGUAUAGAGUUCUUCAGCAGAGGAAAGAAUAAGCAGUCUCUGGAUUCAGUGGAGAAGGCUGCUUUCUUUGUAACACUGGACGAUACUGAGCAGCGUUAUGAGCCUGAUAACCCUGUACAGUCCCUGGACAGCUAUGCUAAAUCUCUGCUUCAUGGAAAAUGCUAUGACAGAUGGUUUGACAAGUCCUUUAACUUGAUUGUGUAUAAAAAUGGAACAAUGGGUCUGAAUGCUGAGCACACCUGGGCUGACGCUCCCAUCGUUGGCCACCUGUGGGAGCAUGUGUUAGCUCAUGAUCCUGUAAGGCUGGGCUACACUGAGGAAGGUCACUGCAAGGGCAAACCACAUCCUAAUUUGCCAGGACCCCAGCACCUCCAGUGGGAUAUUCCAGAAGAGUGUCAGUCAGUAAUCAACAGCUCACUGAAGGUAGCUAAUGCCCUAGCAGAUGAUGUAGACUCCCACAUCUUUCCCUUCAACAACUUUGGCAAAGGCUUGAUUAAGAAGUGCAAGAUCAGCCCUGAUGGCUUUAUUCAGAUGGCUCUUCAGCUUGCCCACUUCAGGGAUAAGGGCAAGUUCUGCCUGACGUACGAGGCCUCCAUGACACGACUGUUCCGAGAGGGCCGGACUGAAACGGUUCGCUCCUGCACCAUGCAGAGCUGUAACUUUGUUCAUGCCAUGGUGGAUGAGAAACAGACAAAAGAAGAGAGACUGCGAUUGCUGAGAAAAGCUGCAGAAAAGCACCAGGAACUUUACAAAAUGGCUAUGACAGGCAAUGGCAUCGAUCGUCAUCUUUUCUGUCUCUACGUUGUUUCCAAAUACCUGGGAAUUGACUCACCCUUCCUCAAAGAGGUGCUCUCUGAGCCAUGGAGACUGUCCACCAGUCAGACUCCUCUUCAGCAGGUGGAUCUGUUUGAUCUGAAGAAGCACCCAGAAUUUGUCACCAGUGGUGGUGGUUUUGGCCCGGUGGCGGAUGAUGGAUACGGAGUAUCAUAUAUUAUUCUUGGAGAGGACCUCAUCAACUUCCACAUUUCCAGCAAACAUUCCAGUCAUGAGACAGAUUCUCAUCGUUUUGGAAGUCACAUUAAGCAGGCCAUGCUCGAUAUUCUAAAUCUGUUUGACUUCGACAAGAAGGCUGACAAGUGAUUUAUUUCUCUCUCUAUUAACAAAAGCAGUUUCAUUACAGUGAAAUGCUCUGUGUGAAAUUGUUUUUGCAUAAGCAUGUACAGAGCUAUGUACAAAUGCAUUGUUCAUUCAUAAUUUAUGUGUGAUCAAACAAGAAAUAAUUCAAAAAGCUGAAAUCAUGCAUGGAAGUGGACAUUUUAUUUAUGUACUUUUGUGUAAAACUGGGAACUAUUGAACUUUUGUUUCAUUUACUUGACAGGUGACAGUUUUGUUUUCAUGUUGGACUGAAUGGUCAUUGUAAAAGCUCAGACAACACUCCAAACGUUUCUGCGACAAUUCAAUGCAAUGUUUGUAUUAAACUAUUUUUCUAUUCACGUUGUAGAAUAGAAAACUGUAGAAAUGCUCAACUGUAGAAAUGUUCAACUGUUGAAAAGCAUGUGAUGGUGUUUGCAACCAAUAACAGUCAGCAGGGGGCGUCCUUGGCUAGUCGUACACGCACAGAAGCAUGAAGCACUAAAACUAGGGCUAACAGUAUUUUUAUUGGCAUGGCAUUUCUUGUCCAUUAACCUCAAAGUGUGGAUGUUGGCAUCCUUUUAAUUAUAUUUUUAACUUGGUGAUAGGCUUUACUAAAUUUUCAUGAACUUCAAAGCUAUAUCUUUAAGAAAUAUAUAAUAUAUAUUCUUGUGAAUGGCUGUAAUGUAUAUAAAAUUGCAUCCUAAAAAAUGAAAUAACUGUAGAUUGACUGAAGCAUUUAAGAACUAAAAGCAUGAGACUGUAUAAUAAAAAAAAUCAGCUCUGCAUGCAGUCCAGUUUUUAAAGUAGUGUUUUAAUUGUAUUCUGUACUCACUCAGGGCUUGGUCAUUUCCCACAUAAUACUACUGUAAUAAAGUGAAUAUCUUUAAGGUUAGAACUAAGACAUUUAAAAGGUUUGGCACAAACAGUCAGCCUCUGAAAUUUGACCUAGCUAUUCAGAGAUAUCACAUUAUAACAUCUAGGGAAGACAGCAGCUUUUUAUUGGUUUAAAUGGGUAUACAAACUUGAAACAAUUAAUAUGGUUCUGUAUAUGAUAUUUCGUACUGAUAACAGGUGUGUUGUUUAUUUGUUUAUGUUUUCAUGCUGAAGUCUGUUUCAUGAAAAAUGGUGUGCAUAUUAUUUUAACCACUGUUAAAUGAGUUAAAUAAAAAAUAAAAU